AUGUCAGCCUCGAAACUGUGGGCUGACGAGAACUCAGCUCCGUUGGGAACAUGGCAGCACGAGCUGAGCAACAUGCCGGCCUUCCCAGCAAACCCGCAAGCGUACGCUCGAUAUGAUCCUCGCUAUAUGGCUUACCAGCGAUUGAAUGCUAAGGCCAAUGGUCCCUAUACGUCAUACCCAACCUUGCAGCAAGGACCCCCUCCCGCCAAUGCUUGUGAUGAGCAAUGCAAAGCGACAUUUGAAGUCGAGAAAGAUGAGAUCAAGAAGGUCUAUGCUGACGACAUCCAGUCAGCACAAGCCCAGUGCUUGGCGAUUAGAGUCCUUUUCGAAUGUCAGUGCAACAGCUGCGGUCAAGACUUCAGGCCGGGGCAGAUGCUCCAGCAGGAUCUCUGCAAGCCGGACAUGACCAGCAAGCUCCAUGAGGCUGGUGGCCCUUGCACAGGCUUCACAAGCUCCUUCUGUCAGAAGCCCUUCGGCGAAGAGUUCUGCCAGCAGAGAACGUGGAUGCCCGAUCAGGGCUCGCAAGCCUGGCUGCAGACCCACAAGGUCAUGGACCCCGGGAACACAAGCGGCACUGCAGGAGAAAACCUCUUCAGCUCUCAGCUGCCCCAGUACAGUCAGUCCGUCGCCGACAGCCUUGCCAAGUACCUGGCAGCCGGUGCUGCCGAGAAGUCAGCAGAGAGCAGAUUCAACAACCUGGUGGCUGAGGAGGUGGAAGCGCUUCAACCAGUGAGGAAGCAGGGAGGGAUUCAGAUCUUCAACCUUCCUCUCUUCCAGUCGACGGCGGAGAGCGAUAAGGCAGGGAAGUGCCGAUGGUGGCACAAGGAACUGUUCGGCAAGCAGCUCUCACAGUCAGAUGCUCAUCAGUACGGCCAGUCCAUCAAGGAUCUUCUCAAGCAGUACUCCAAGAAGGGGAUCGUCCUCCCCGCGAGCCUGCAACAAGACCUGCGGGACCUGGAGGUAGCCUCGGCCAAGUACAACGCAUGA